UGAAUAAGUGCAAUGUAGCGUCACAUGGCAGCAACUUCAUCCAGUCGUUUGUUACCGACUAAGUGGCAUUGUGGAAGUACCGUGUUGCUCGUGGGACCUAAAUCGGUUGUCAUUACCAAUCUGUCACAGUUAAAGGUUCCUUCUUCUGGCAGCGAAUCGUCGGUUGAACUUGUUUGUGCGUCAUGAAAUCAUCUGCUCACCAAAAGUCCGUUGCCUUUGAAAAUGCGGCGAAAAAAACUGAAGCCAACACUUAGAAGCAUUUACCAUUCCCCAAAAUAUCAACCAAAGGUUGUGCUGGAGCGUUUGAAUCUGACAUCCCUGAGCAAAUACCAUUUGUCAAAACCCAAGAAACAAGUUACACAAGCAGCCACACCCGUCACAAAGGUUCUUCCACUACCACCAAGGCGUAAAAUCAGCAUAGAUUUUCUGAAAACGCAAAGUGUGCAAGAAAAUGUUGUCUCCAGUGGCUCAAGUCCUGUCGCAGCUUCUCAUCCAAAACGGAAAGGAAGUACAGCAUCUCACUCUGAUGAACAAGAAGUGCCAGUUAUGGGCGCACACAAAACCAACAAAAGUGAGAGACUGAAAGCAAGAGCUCUUUCAUCGGGCAAACCUCCUGAUCACUCACAGCCUGAAUUAGGUUUCCAUGUGGAUAUUGAGGAACCUUCACGUCAGAGGCCUUCUAGCUGCCCACCCAGAGCAGCAGUCUCGUCCACAAGCAGUGUAAAGAAGGGAAAUUAUGAGGAAGACGGGUUUGUGAACAGUGCAGACGACAUAUCUAGUCGAGAAGGAACACCUGAUGCUUCAUCUAGUUCCCGGCUUUGGCCCACACCAAAAAUUGUCUCUGUGUCGUCAAUGGCAGUACUAGACAGUGAGGCCAAACAGCGGCUUCGGAGGCCAAUCAUUCCAUCACAAGCUGAAGCAGCAUCUACAAGUACCGGUACUCUCGAUGUGGAGGCAGACCAGAGCAUUCGUCAGCCAACUACCACCACAUCCAGCCCCACAAAAGAUCAGACUACAGCUGAGCCUCCAACCAAAGUAGUACGGCUAGCAGAUGAUGCUGAGGAUGCUGUACCAGAAGCAGAGGCCCCGCAGCCUGCCCAGCUGGGGUUCUGGGACAGGGAGCGUAGGAUUGCUGGCAUGAGAAAUUCUCUCUUCCGCCUCCAGGACGUUGUUACGAGGGUUUCUAAAGUGUCACAAGCACAAGCAACUAAGAUACGGGAGUUGCAGGCAAAAGCAGAGAGUGUUCCUCAGGUGAUGUGUGACCCACGUUGUGUUGAGUUACAACGCACUCUGGCCAUACUUGGUAUUGGUGAUGAAAUUUUUGUUAAAUUAGCUGGCAUAAUUAGUGACUCCCAACCUGGAACAGAGUUUUUUAAUCCUAAAGCUGCAGCUAUCAUGAAUCUUAUAAGAGAUUAUACAUCUUUGUAUUGAUGUAUUGGACUGUUUUUCCCAUUGGUAGUAAAACUCAUAUUUUAUAAGGCUGUAUAAUUUUUUUUACUGAUUUACUUGCUUUUUACAGUUAGAUGUAUCUGACAGUGAAUAUAUUUAUAUGCCACAUAUAUACUCACUGAUAAAACUUGAGUGCAGCAUGUAACAAUGUACAGUUGUGAGUAAUAUUUGUGUACUUGCCUCAAAGGCAAACUAUCAAAAUUUAGAUGGUCUGAAGAUUUCCUUAAUUUUUAAAAGAAAAUGUGAAAAUUCU